AUGUCCAUGCAUCAAAACCUCGAGGAUGCAAUAUGUCUUCUGGCAUUAAUCUCUGACCGUCCACCGGCCCUCGAAGAAUCAACACAAGAGACGGGAACCACAGAGAAUGAUAAAGAGUCACCUUCCUAUUCCAACGAGGAGGAAUUCGAUGACCCAGAAGAUCCAACGGGGUUGGGCACUGAUCGAGAACACGAACAAUACCACAUCGAACUGAAGAACCAGUUCCUCGACCGACUUGCCGAAACGCUAGCUCGCUUCAAAACUGAUCCCAAGGCCAAGUCGUCGAUUGAUGCAAAACACGUUUCCGCAGCUAUGAUGGUCUGCGAUGAAAACGAGGAGCAUGUCAAGAUAUUUUGCGCUAAGAAUGAGGGACUUGAGAAGGAAGAUGAUGACUUUCUGGCUAGUUGGAAGUUACGCAUGGAAGGGAUCGCGAGAAAAGGUUCGUUUCAGAUCCCAACAGGUCUUUCAGCAUGUGCUUUGUUGGUUACUGAAGUCUAG